AUGGCCCGCGCCGCCCCGCUUGUCGCCGCGCUGGCCACGCUCCUCGCCGCCGCCGCUGCAGGCGGAGACGCCCCGCCCGGCAAGAUCGCUGUGAUUGGGGCCGGGAUCGGGGGCUCUGCUGUGGCCCAUUUUCUUCAGCAGCACUUUGGACCCCGGGUGCAGAUCGUGGUAUAUGAGAAGGGGACUAUUGGUGGCCGCCUGGACACCAUCUCCGUCAACAAACAACACUAUGAGAGCGGAGCGGCCUCCUUCCACUCUUUGAGCCUUCACAUGCAGGACUUCGUCAAGUUGCUAGGGCUGAGGCAACGGCGUGAGGUGGUGGGCAGGAGUGCCAUCUUCGGCGAGGACCAUUUUGUGCUGGAGGAGACCGACUGGUACUUGCUGAAUCUCUUCCGCCUCUGGUGGCACUAUGGCAUCAGCUUCCUGAGGCUGCAGAUGUGGGUAGAGGAGGUCAUGGAGAAGUUCAUGAGGAUCUACAAGUACCAGGCCCAUGGCUAUGCUUUCUCGGGAGUGGAAGAACUGCUCUACUCACUGGGCGAGGCUGCUUUUGUCAACAUGACCCAGCGUUCUGUGGCUGAGUCCCUGCUCCAGGUGGGCGUCACACAGCGCUUUAUUGAUGAUGUCGUCUCUGCUGUCCUGAGGGCGAGCUAUGGCCAGUCAGCAUCAAUGCCUGCUUUUGCUGGAGCCAUGUCACUAGCCGGGGCCCAAGGCAACCUGUGGUCGGUGGAAGGAGGCAACAAGCUGGUGUGUUCUGGUUUGCUGAAGCUCACCAAGGCCAUCGUGAUCCAUGCCACAGUGACCUCUGUGACCCUGCACAGUACAGAGGGAAAAGCGCUGUACCAGGUGGGAUAUGAGAGUGAGAGAGGCAGUGGCUCUGACUUCUACGACAUUGUGGUCAUUGCCACACCCCUGCAUCUGGACAACAGCAGCAGAAACCUCACCUUUGAAGGCUUCACCCCACCCAUUGAGGAUGUGCAGGGCUCUUUCCAGCCCACCGUUGUCUCCUUGGUCCAUGGCUACCUCAACUCAUCCUACUUUGGGUUCCCUGACCCUAAACUUUUCCCCUUUGCCAAUAUCCUCACCACAGAUUUCCCCAGCUUCUUCUACACGCUGGACAAUAUCUGCCCUGUCAACAUCUCAGCCAGCUUCCGGAGAAAGCAACCCCAGGAGGCAGCUGUUUGGCGUGUACAAUCCCCUCAGCCCCUCUUUCGGUCCCAGCUGAAGACCCUCUUCCGUUCCUAUUACUCGGUCCAGACAGCCGAGUGGCAGGCCCACCCGCUGUACGGCUCGCGCCCCGCCCUCCCGAGGUUUGCCCUCCACGACCAGCUCUUCUACCUCAGUGCUCUGGAGUGGGCGGCCAGCUCCGUGGAGGUGAUGGCUGUAGCUGCCAAGAAUGUGGCCUUGCUAGCUUACAACCGCUGGUACCAAGACCUGGACAAGAUUGACCAAAAGGACUUAAUGCACAAGGUCAAGACUGAACUGUGAGGGCUCCAGGGAGAGCCCAGGAACUCUGUCCCACACUGAAGAUGGAACCCACGCCACUGCAGUGCAGCACUGACAGCCACCUUCCCUGGCCCAGCCACUCCCUGACUCCUGCAUAUUGAACAGAUUUUCCCUUCAGUGUGGGUCCAGGCGACCCACUGUCUGCCUGUCUUAAGGAUAGUUUCUCUUUUCUUUUUAAGGGACAGAGCAAGAAGAGGGAAGGAACUUAAAGCUUUUUUUUUUUUUUUUU